AUGGGCUCCGUGUCAAACCAGCAGUUUGCAGGUGGCUGCGCCAAGGCGCCGGAGGAAGCGCCGGCGGACGCAGCGGCGGCGGCGGCAGAGGAGCCGCAGCUGCUACACGGUGCAGGCAUCUGUAAGUGGUUCAACGUUCGAAUGGGAUUCGGUUUCCUGUCCAUGACCGCCCGCGCCGGGGUCGCGCUCGACCCACCGGUGGAUGUCUUUGUACACCAGAGUAAGCUGCACAUGGAGGGCUUCCGGAGCCUGAAGGAGGGUGAGGCAGUAGAGUUCACCUUUAAGAAGUCUGCCAAGGGCUUGGAAUCUAUUCGAGUCACUGGCCCUGGUGGGGUCUUCUGUAUUGGAAGUGAGAGGCGACCGAAAGGGAAGAACAUGCAGAAGCGCAGAUCAAAAGGAGACAGGUGCUACAACUGUGGAGGUCUAGACCAUCAUGCCAAGGAAUGCAAGCUGCCACCCCAGCCUAAGAAGUGCCACUUCUGCCAAAGCAUCAGCCAUAUGGUGGCCUCAUGUCCAUUGAAGGCCCAGCAGGCCCCCAGCUCACAGGGAAAGCCAGCCUACUUUCGGGAUGAAGAAGAAGAGAUCCAUAGCCCUGCCCUGCGCCCAGAUGCCGAGAAUUGA